CUCGACGCUGAUUCUGGCCGCGCCGCCCCCUUCGUCCCGCCCCUCUGGAUCUCUAGCAACUCCCAACCUAGGCUGAACCCGCUGAGCCCGCUGGUCAGCUGCAAUCCCGCUGCUGAACACGAGACGAUACUGCGACGACGUGGCGAGCUGCUUGCAUCACGCCCUGUCCUUUAUCUGUGCCCCAUCCGCACUUGACUCGCUGCCUGCAUUGACGAGGCCGACUCUGCUCUACUACCGACACCAUGGCGGGGAAAAUGACGCUGUACAAGCUGGUGGUGCUGGGCGACGGUGGUGUGGGAAAGACCGCCCUGACCAUACAGUUGUGCUUGAACCAUUUCGUUGAGACCUACGAUCCCACCAUUGAAGACUCGUACCGCAAGCAGGUGCAAAUUGACGGCCAGUCCUGCAUGCUCGAAGUCCUCGACACGGCUGGCCAAGAAGAAUACAUCGCUCUGCGAGACCAAUGGAUACGCGACGGCGAAGGCUUCGUACUCGUCUACAGCAUCUCAUCACGCUCCUCAUUCGCCCGCAUACAGCGAUUCCACAGCCAAAUACAGCGCGUCAAAGAGACGUCCAUGGCUAGCUCACCGACCUACCCCGGCUCGCCCAUCAGCGCAUCCGCACCCAUGUUCGGCCAGGCCCCUGUGAUGCUCGUCGGAAACAAAUGCGACCGUGUCACGGAGCGUGAAGUCUCAACACAAGAAGGUCAAGCUCUCGCAAAAGAACUCGGCUGCGACUUUGUCGAAGCAUCCGCCAAAAACUGCGUCAACGUUGAAAAGGCCUUCUUCGACGUCGUUAGACAGCUCCGACGGCAACGACAAGGCAGCGGACGCAACCCCACAGACAGGAAAGAAGCGCGCGUGCGUACCGGCCUGCACGAGAAGGACCGCACAAGAGGAGCCGGUGACCGUCGCACACGGGGUGCCGGUAUGACGGGCGGCAACAAGCGCGGCAAAGAGAAACCGAAGUGCGUGAUUCUAUGAGCUUCUGGCUCGACAUCCACUCGGUCCAGCGACCGAUACGCCUUCCGACAUACAUAUUUGGAUUUACUGCACCAUGACGGGCUACGACACCUCCUAUUGUCGUGCCACAUCACUGAUAGAAAGCACUCAACAAGGCGUCGGCAUAUGAGCGGCG